AUAGGAAUCUGUUAUCAUACUAUAUAAUACUUCAUAAUUGCCAUCUCCAGCCUCCAACUAGGGUUUAAGUUUCUCUACCAAUGACCCGCACUCCGUCCCUCUCACUCCCAUGCUACAAAUAAACUUAUCCCAACCAACCAAUCAUUCUUCUUAAUUUCGUUUCCGAAGCAAACAAAGAAUUGUGCUAUGGAUGGAGCCACCGGCGGCGCCGGCAGCGGCAGCGGCGAAGUGUCGACGGCAGCGCCGGCGCCGGCGCCGAUUCCAAACGCGAACGCGCCGGCGCCGUUCCUGAGCAAGACGUACGAGAUGGUGGACGAUCCUUCGACGGACUCGGUGGUGUCGUGGAGCCCUACGGACAACAGCUUCGUGGUUUGGAACCCUCCGGAGUUCGCCAGAGACCUCUUGCCCAAACACUUCAAGCACAACAACUUCUCCAGCUUCGUUCGCCAGUUGAACACCUAUGGUUUUAGGAAGGUAGAUCCAGAUCGCUGGGAAUUUGCAAAUGAGGGAUUUUUAAGGGGGCAAAAGCACUUGCUUAAGUUUAUAACUAGGCGAAAACCUGCCCAUGGUCAUAAUCAUCAGCAGGCACAGCAAUCCCAUGGACAGAGUUCUUCGGUUGGCGCUUGUGUAGAAGUUGGGAAGUUUGGACUUGAGGAAGAGGUUGAGAUUCUCAAGAGAGAUAAGAAUGUGCUCAUGCAAGAGCUUGUGAGAUUGAGGCAGCAGCAACAAGCUACUGAUAACCAGCUGCAGACAAUGGUUCAGCGGCUUCAGGGAAUGGAGCAACGGCAGCAACAAAUGAUGUCAUUCCUUGCAAAGGCUGUUCAGAGCCCUGGUUUCUUAGCUCAAUUUGUACAGCAAAAUGAUAGUAAUAGACGCAUAACAGAGGCAAACAAAAAACGUCGGCUUAAGCAGGAAGGUAUCGGUGAAAUGGAACAUAAUGCUUCUUCUGAUGGGCAAAUUGUUAAAUAUCAACCUCUGGUAAAUGAAGCAGCAAAAGCAAUGCUAAGGCAGAUAAUGAAAUUGGAUACAUCUCGACUAGACUCUUUCAGUAAUAGCCCUGAUAAUUACUUGAUUGGUGAUCAUUCAUCAUCAUCCAGUGCAAUGGACAUGGGAAACUCUUUGAGCCGAACUUCUGGAGUAACCCUUCAAGAAGUCCCUCCGACUGCAGCACAAUCUUGUCACGUUCCAUCUGCAACAGGGACUCAAGGACAAGGCCUUUCAACAGAAAAAUCUGAGAUUCCAUCUUUCCCCCAAGUUGCACCCUGUGAAGAAGUUGCGAAAGCUCAGUACCCUAAUAUAAAUGUUUCGGUUGGAGAACCUAAUGCAACUGCUAUACCAGUUACUCAAACAAAUGAAAUCAUGCCAGACCUCUCUCCAAUACCAGAUAUGGUGGCAGGAAAUAUUCUUGAUAUUGCUGAAGAAAAUUAUUUGGCACCUGAGACAGGCAGUGGCGGAUAUAUAGAUCCUACUUCAUUGGGAGUGAAUGGGUCAUUGUCCAUUGAUUUUGAUAGUAUUUCCCCUGAAACAGACAUUGAUGAUUUGUUUAACAAUCCUCACUUUUGGGAUGAUAUUGUGCGAACUCCUGUGUCAGAGGAGAUCGAGACGAAUGGUGCUGAAGUAUGCAUGGAGAAUGAAGUUCAACCAAUGGAAAAUGGAUGGGACAAAUCUCAACAUAUGGACCAACUUACUGAGCAGAUGGGCCUACUUUCUUCUGAUACAGAAAGAAUUUAAGUAUAUUAUGAAGUGUAAAUUAAUAUUUCCUAUUGUUCAAGGUAACCUUUAUCCCAAACAACACGCGAGUGAUGUUCUUAUAGUACUAAUUACACCUCCGAUUGCACACUCAGAACUCACAUGCUUCUUGUUUGGUCUGAUUUAGUUUGUGCAUGAGACCAAACCUAAUUGCCUUUUUGUAGUUUUACAUGGAUUUUCCAUAAAUUUUGUUGAGUGUUAAUUGUGAACUCAGUAGCAUUAGGUGCUAUAAUUUUGAUCA